AGGCCUCGCGGGUUUGGAAAGCAGUAUCACUCGGGCCUUCCUCCCCUCAGCGGUGUCUCUGUGAGCCCCUGCGCGACGCAAUCUUGGAUUUAGAUCGAUCUGCUCUGCUUGGAAAUAAUGACUUCUUCCAACACUGACCAGCGCCUGGAGCAUCUCCUCAGCGCCGUGGAGAGCGAGUUCCAGAAGGGCAGCGAGAAGGGGGACGCGUCCGAGAGGGAUAUUAAACUGACGCUGGACGAUGCAGAACUGUGGAACAAGUUCAAAGAGUUAACGAACGAGAUGAUUGUCACUAAAACCGGAAGGAGGAUGUUUCCGGUGCUCAGGGCCAGCGUCAGCGGCCUGGACCCCAACGCCAUGUACUCGGUGCUGCUGGAUUUCGUGGCCGCGGACAACAACCGGUGGAAAUACGUGAACGGGGAGUGGGUCCCCGGUGGCAAACCGGAGCCCCAGAGCCCCAGCUGCGUGUACAUCCACCCGGACUCCCCGAACUUCGGGGCGCACUGGAUGAAAGCGCCCGUCUCCUUCAGCAAAGUGAAACUGUCCAACAAACUGAACGGAGGCGGACAGAUCAUGCUGAAUUCUCUGCACAAAUACGAGCCGAGGAUCCACAUCGUGAAGGUCGGAGGCAUCCAGAAGAUGAUCAGCAGCCAGUCCUUCCCCGAAACCCAGUUCAUCGCAGUCACUGCUUACCAGAACGAAGAGAUUACCGCUCUGAAGAUAAAGCACAAUCCCUUUGCCAAAGCCUUCUUGGAUGCCAAAGAAAGGAGUGACCACAAAGACAUCCCCGAUCACAGCGCAGACAGCCAACAGUCCGGCUACUCUCAGCUUGGAGGUUGGUUCCUCCCGGGCCAGAGUCCCAUCUGCCCCAGCAGCAGCCCCCCUCAGUUCAGUGGCUCAGCGGGCCACUCCUCCGGCUCCUACUGCGAGCGCUACUCCAGCCUGAGGAGCCACAGAGCGGCCCCGUACCCCAGCCACUACCCCCACCGCACCUCCAGCACAAACAACUACAUGGACAACACUUCAGGGACUCUGCCCUCUCACGACAGCUGGUCUUCUCUUCAGAUCCCCAACUCCACGGGCAUGGGCACCCUGUCCCACACCACCAACUCCACAUCCAAUUCCAGUCAGUACCCAAGCCUAUGGUCGGUAGCCGGCACCACCCUCACCCCUUCAGGCUCGGCCUCCGGCUCCAUCUCCGGAGGUUUGACCUCCCAGUUCCUGAGGGGCUCCUCAUACACAGGCUUGACCUCCUCGCUGCCCGUCUCCUCGCCUUCCUCCAUGUACGACCCCGGCCUGGGCGAGGUCGGGGUCGGCGAGGCCCAGUUCGAGAGCUCCAUCGCCAGGCUGACCGCGUCCUGGGCGCCUGUGGCUCAGAGCUACUGAGCCGAGAGGCUUUGAUAAGCGGGACUAAAGACACAAGCGAGAAGCCAUGGAGAAGAUGACACGUGACAUCGUCAAGGAUCUGUUCUUCGUUUGAUUAGUCAUUCCAUAGCCAAGUUGCGUUACAGGCUGGAGUCAUACUGAGCAGUCGAUGUCCAAAGACAGAACUUGAAAGACAAUCUCUGUCCAUGAUGAACAAUAUCAUUGUAUACAGACCUUAGAAUAGCUGCAUGAUCAGAACUCUGCUCUUAGCAAAUUCCCAACAUGCUUAUUACACAUUUAUAACAUGUUUAUUAUACAACCAAACUCAACUAAGUAAUCCUUUAUAUUAUGUUUUUAUUCUUAAAUAUAUAAGAUGAAAAAUGGUUCUGCUAACAUCAACGUGUAUAUGUGUGUAAAUAGAAUAAAUUAACGUCCAGUGUUUUCCAUAUAAAUGUCCCUUUUCUGAUUGCAAUAAAUGUUCCACGUUCGGACUGAGAGACACAAGUGCCUUCUGCAUCCCGGCGGGGUUUUGUCAAGACCCCCCCCCCCCCCUCUGCACAGACACGUGUACAUAACUAUCUAUUUGUAUUUGAACUCACUGUGAGUCUUAUUUAUGUCAUUUAAUAAUAAAUUAAAAAUGUGCGUUUUCUCAAA